GAUGGGGCAGGAAGAGAGAAAAUAAGCCAGCGCUCGGCCCCUCCCAUCCAUUGUGUACAUCAAUCAGCUUUGAGCGGUAACGAACCUGAGGCCAGUGUGGUGUGGUGUGUUGUAUUGUGUUGCGUGUAUGUGUGGGCUGCUUCACUGUUUCUGCUUCGUCUUCUUGGUCGUCUGUCUGUGCGAAAGGGAAGACACAUGAAUUCGAAUGCAUAGCAUCCACAGACAAGCCUUCCUGCUUCCUGUCUCCCCCUUGUCAUCAUCUGCACUCUUCUUCCUCUGGUGGGGAGUCGCCGCCUUCAGCCAGCAAACGUCCCUGCUCCAGACCACCGACCGAUAUAAAACGUAGGCAGCGCUAUAUUCCAGCCAUGCACAGACAUGCAUUGAUCAGUGAUAGUUGGAGUAUCGAUAUGUCUUUGCCGUGUGUACUUACAUCGUCAAUGAUGUGUCGAACGAUACGCGGCCAAUUACGAGACACCCAAGGGAGACGUCGCUGUCUGAUAAGGUAGUGGUAGUGCCGGUCGUAGUCCCAUGUGUACCCGUCCCAGCACUCGUAAACCCAUGGCUCUUCGCCACCGAAAAUCUCUAUCAGAGAACACCCUGCAAAGCAGAAAGCAAACGCAUCCAUGACGCAUCCCACACAUGCAAUGUUCGCAUGUUUCUUCACCUAGAGCCCAGAUAUCAGUUUUCUGGCUGAUCCGGCCGUUGGUGAAUAUCUCUGGCGCCAUGUAGUUGAACGUGCCGGCCCUCGGGUCUGGCGGAUUGCGAAUUUCAAAUCCUACACAGACACACCCCACACAAACAAUCACAGGCAAUAUGCGUGUGACACAAAAAAACUAUUUACCGCGCACGACUCCGCCAUCCCGAAGUCGGCAAGUUUGAGUAUCUCGUCGGCUUCACGGAUCAGGGCAUUCUGAACGAGCAAGAAACCGGUCGACAGAUGAGCUCAGAUUGCGUGGACACAUGUGUGUGUAGAGUAAGCGCAGGUUUUAUGUCGCGAUGGACAAAUCCGCGAUCGUGCACGUGUGAAAUCCCUCGUGUCUGCAGGCAGGUAUUACACAAAGCGCAAGAUGCACCCACUUAUGAAACGAUAGGCCGACAGAGAGAGAGAGAGACAGACAGGUGAUAAAUACGCUCACGUACCAACUGUCGGGCCCAGCUCAGCCGUUGUAGGCGUGUGGGAGGAGGUGGCGGCGGGGCCGGGGCAGGCAGGUUGUAGGGUGGCGGGGCACCUGGCGGUGACGGAUGCAGGCGCUCGGCGAGGGUGUCUGUUGAGCAGGCACAGACAUGACAAACACGAGACACAGACAUGCAAGUGGGUGCCUUUCGAGUGUGUGCGGGGGGAGGGGGGCAGAUCUCGCGCACGGCCUUCAAUGAACUCGACCACGAUACAGUAGCGAGGCUCUUUUUCGGUCAGCAGCCGCGCCUCCGUGUGCCCAUCGUGCCAACACACCCCAAGGCAACGUAGAACAUUUGUCCGUGGCUGCGGACAGGGGAUUAUCAAUGCACACGUUAUGUGCAGACGAGCACAGCAUGACAGCGCAUAUUGGUAUACGCAUACCUGUAGGCUACAGCUUCUCUCUGGAAAUUGAAGACCUCCCAGUUGUCGGGGUCCGGAGGCGGAUCUACAGAAGCAGGUUAGGAAGACUUCCACCAUGUAAUAACGCAUUCACUGUCAAUCUGUCAGUACGGGGUGGUGACAUGACCAACAUCCAAGAGCUUACCGUUGUGUAAAGACAAAAACAUCGAUUCUGGCCACUCGUUGGUGUUUCCUUAGCAUUGCGCUCUCCACCUGGUUUGUGCAUUACAAUGGUAUUCAUGCCACAGAAUGCCUAGCUUGCUCAUCUUCCCUCAUCGUCGCUUACCAGAUCCAGUGACCCACACCCGACAGCCAUUGUAUCAUCCCAUUCGAGGUCUGCAGCAAGUACAUCACACACAUCAGUAGGCCACAUGCUUUCACUAGCAUUGGCUUACGGCGAAGCGGGAUGUCUUCAAUGAAGACGGGCCCUGUGGCCAUCUCGAAAGGGACCGGGGUGCUGCUGAGGUCCAGCUGCUCGGCCAGCUUUUCAAGCCGGCCCAACUGCCCCAUCUCCACUGCAUCCCUCUCCCAAAGCCCCUCCUCGUCCUCCACCUACCAAUGGCGCUGGAAGGGGC